CAUCACAAAUCAGACCAGACCAGAACUGAAGAUUAAAGGCUUCCAGUCGAACAAACGGCCUCUGUCUGCGUUGAACCAUGAAGACUCUGGUGGCUCUGCUGUUUGUGACUCUGAUCUGCCUCCUCCAUCAGGACUCUGCAGAUGCCAAAAGGCCACCAGUUCCACUAUCAGAUGAAUGCUGUCUAGCAAUGACCGAUAAAGGUAUUCCGAGGGAUAAAGUGACAAACGUGACCGAGACUCCAAGUAACUGUAGAGGCCAUAAAGCAUUUAUAGUCACAACUGAAAAACAAAAAAAGAUUUGCGUGGAUCCCAGCUGUUCCUGGGUGAAGAAAAACAAGGAUUUCCUUAAUGAAUUCUUGAAGAAAUAAGUGAAUCUGUUCAAUAAGGAAAAGUCACCUGUUUGUACACCUCAAGUAAUGUCACUGAAAACUUGGACAAAUUUUGCUCCAUCUAACAUGUGAAAUAAUGUGAAAAUCCAUGUUUUCCCAUAUGUGAAUGUUUUUUACACGUGUUCUGCUGACUCUGACAACUGCCUUUUAUUACAUAGAAAAGUUUUAUUUACAGAAUUAUAUUUUAUAAAUCCACUGUAAAAAGAUGAUGCAACAAUAGGCUGUUUGAGUUAACUGUUGUAAAUAUGAAGUGAUUUUUCUGUAUUUGUUUUUCUUGUUUGAUUCUUUACAUUUAUACACAUAUCUUAUAGAUGUAUUUUCAGUUUUUGAGUCCUACUGCUGUAGGUGACUCUUUUCUUCCCCUGAGUUGCAGUAUAAAAUAACCCCCUGGGGUUUAAUAAAGUUAAUAUGUAUUUGUAAUUUUCAUGGAAAGUAAUCUGAUAGUGUAAAGAGUUGCUUUCAUAAUAAACUGUUGUAUUAGUCUGUUAAUAUGACUUAUUAUUUUCUUUGAUGAAGAAGGUCUGCAUGUUAUGAAUUAAAUGAAGCCUUUAGUAGCUAAACAGACAAUACUGUUAAAAAAAGUUGAAUGAAUGUCAGUUGUGUAGACAGAAACACAACUGCCAGUUCAGGCUAAUGUAUGUAAUAUAUGUAUAUAAUAUGUAGGUGUAUGUAAGUGUUUAUUGCAUAUGACUAAAAUUGCAGAUGACUAUCUAUUCUUUUUAAUUGUAAAUCCAUUCUUUUUGAUUGAUGAAUAAAGAAACAAA